UCAAUGGGGGAAACGGACAACUGUCAAGCUGAGAGAGGCCCUUGAACCCGAGAUGUCAGGGGAUGCCAGAAAGCAGUGGCUCAGACCCUGGAGGACGCAGCGAGCAGGAGCAGAGGCAGCGAGUAUAAUUCAUUCUACUUUCACAACGUCUUGCCUGAGAGGACAUCAAUCCGGUCCAGCAGAGCAUGUCCACGCUUGGCCGUGCCGGAGAGGUGUCUCAUACCUGCCGAUGAGAAUGAGCAGACAUCGCUGGGCUGUUUCUGUCCCUCUCGGUUCCCACCACUGCCUCGAUGAUCCUGUCUCUGUGCCUCUUGCUGCCCGCGCUGAGUCCCAGCAGCCAGGAGAUCUGCUCAGCUCCCGUGACAGCUCUGGGAAUUACUCCUGUGGCUACGAGAUCAAAGACAGCAACAACCGGGUGAGCAAAUCCCAGCUCAGCCCUGCUAAGCACCUCAGUGUGACAUGGCUGGAUCUGAAGCUCCUGUUGGGAAUUAUAAUCCCUGCAAUCCUGGUUCUGGCUGUGGUGCUUUAUCUUCUGGGAAAGAAAGGAAAUGUGUCCACGCCUCUGAUCACAUUGUCUAACUGCCUUUCAGCCAUGUCUCUACCAAGGAAUCAAAGGUCUGUGCAUGGAGUAGCCGUAGCAUUUUCCCGCCUGCUGGGGAGACCCAGGCAGCAGGGACGCCCGGAACGAGUCCAGCGUGACACCAGUAACCCUUAUGAAGAGGAUAUUCACUACGCCUCGGUGGAUUGGCUGGGAAGCUCCAGGCAACCACUGCCCCAGAGAGAAGAGACACCGACAUACGCGGACAUCAAUCUGCAGCGGGACAGAUGUCAUUAAUGCUCCACUUGCUGAAAUGUAGGACUCAGUGUGCAGCUACAUCACAGAACCUUCCAA